AUGUUGAACACCAGACCUCGGGAUCUCCAUGCUUUUGAGAUUGCCAUUUUCUGCGCUCUGGGCCUCGAAGCUGAUGCGAUGGUCGCGUUGUUCGAUGACAUUUGGGAGCAGGAAGAACAUUAUAAGAAGGGCCCUAGCGACACUAAUAGCUAUACCUUCGGUCGAAUCCAUCAACACCCCGUGGUUCUAGUCCACAUGCCUCGUAUGGGCAAGGCAUCAGCAUCCAGUGUGGCGGCCAGCUUGCGGUCCAGUUUUCCCUACAUCCGAAUGGGUCUCCUGGUCGGAAUAUGCGGUGGUGUGCCUUUCUCCGGGCGUGGCAAACGAGAGAUCAUCCUAGGAGAUGUUAUUAUCAGCACACAUAUCGUCCAAUCUGAUUUUGGAAGGCUAUACCCGCACACCUUUGCUCGCAAGAACUCGCUACAGGACAAUCUCGGCAGACCAAGCCCGGAAGUUGGUGGGUUCUUAUCCAAACUCCAAGGGCAAGCUGUCCAGACCGGUUUCAAGGACUCAAUGCGAGCGGACCUUACGCCUUCGAAAUAUCCCGGUACUAGUAAAGACAAACUCUUUGAAGCGGGCUACAGCCAUAAACAUGCAUUUGUGCCCAAUGCACAUCCCCCCCAAUAUGAUGUCUGUGCUGAAGCCUUAAACUCAUCUUGCGCCGACCUUGGCUGUGAUUCUAGCAAAGUGGUACCUCGAGCUCGGAUACAGACGAUGAACACGGAAGGUUACAGCGCAUCAUCUUACUGUCCCGCAAUACAUUUUGGUGGACUAGCCUCAGGCGAUCAGGUCAUCAAAUCUGCAUUCCACCGCGACCACAUUGCCGAACAGGAAGGUGUGAUUGGCUUCGAAAUGGAAGGGGCUGGCCUAUGGGACACGAUCCCGACUAUUGUUGUUAAAGGAGUGUGCGACUAUGCCGAUAGCCAUAAGGGCAAAGAUUGGCAGCUUUAUGCUGCAGCAACAGCAGCAGCCUGCGCAAAAGGUAUGCUAAAGAUAUGGAGGGGGUCAGUAAGACGGAUGGAGGAUACAUCUAAUGAAGAACAAUCUGCCCCGUCGCCAACGCAUCAAAUCUUCAGUGGUAGUUUCACAGCUGGGAGAAACAUCUAUAACGGUGGCACUUUCACUGCCCAAUCGAUUAAUUUCUGA